AUGGAUUUCUCUAAAGCACAUAAGAUGCGGUUCGGUACAUAUAUGUUAGUUAAGGAGGCUGGUGACUGGUGGAUCAACACUCAUCAGGUGUUGGAUGCUGCAACUGAAGUUGUAACUUGGGAUGUGUUCCGCAUGGAAUUUAUGAGGAAGUACUUUACUAAGGAUGUUCGUGGGAAGAAGGAGAUUGAGUUUCUGGAGCUGAAGCAGGGUAGUUUUUCGGUUACUGAGUAUGUUGCCAGAUUUGUGGAACUUGCUAAUUCUACCCUCAUUACAUGCGAUGAGUUGGGUCAUCGUGUCAGUGAAUGCAAGAGUGAUGUGAAGAAGUGUUACAAGUGCGAGAAGUCAAGACAUCUAGGUGUUGAUUAUAAAGAGAAUAUGGUGACUUGCUACAAUUAUGUUGAACCAGGACAUAUCAACACCCGUUGCUCGAAGCCUAAGCAAGCUUCAACUGGAGGAAAGGUGUUCGCACUGACAGGGACUCAGACUUCCAGUGAUGACAGGUUGAUCCGAGGUAUAUGUUAUAUUAAUAACACACCUUUGAUUGCUAUUAUCGAUAAUGGUGCUUCUCAUUCUUUUAUUAUUGUCGUAUGUGUGAAAAGGCUAGGCCUUGUUGUGUCUUCUAUGAGUGGAGAAAUGGUUAUCGAAACUCCUGCUAAGGGUUUGAAAGAUUUUGGAAUUGAUCUCAUUUGCUUGCCAUUGGAGAAUCUUGAUGUUAUCUUGGGGAUGAACUGGGUGGACUUAAAUCAUGUCGAUAUCAAUUGUUAUAACAAGUCAGUGCGGUUUCUUACUCCUAAUGAGGAGGAAGGAGCUGGUUUCUUGUCUACUAGAGAGUUGAAGGAGCUUUUGGAAAAGGAAGCUUGGGUGUUUGUGUUGUUCGUGGCGUUAUCUGCUAAGAGUCAGGCGGUGAUUGAUGAAUUGCAAGUAGUGCAUGAUUUUCCAGAGGUGUUUCCAGAUGACAUUUCAGAUGUACCGCCAGAGAGUUAG